AACGCGACGAGCGCUGUGCCGCUCAUCUCACCGCGUCGACGCGACGCCUCGCUCGCCGCCCCGCGCCCCCCCGAACGGACGCACUGAAACAUGGCCGACGACGACGCCGAGGAGACGGUCGUCGACGGCAGCGAGGCGAGCGAGGAAGAGGAGGCGCUCUCCGACUCGGAGAAGCUCGCCAUCGUCCAGCACUUCCUCCUCCAGGCGCCCCCCGGCGAGUACGGCGAGGUGCUCAAGGACGCGUCGCAGCUCGUCGACGACGGCGUCCUCAGCGCCGGCAUGCUCGCGGGCAUCGCGCGCGCGUACAACACGCGCGAGCUGCGCGUCGCUGUGGCCGAGGACGGCGCGCGCGUGAUCCUCUGCGACGCGAGCGAGGUCGCGCCGACGCGCUACGUCGAGAGCGAGUCGAAGCGCGUCUACGAGGUCGACCACGCGACGCUCGAGGCCAAGCUCUACGAGCCGCCGCCGCCCGAGGAGGCGCCGGAGGCGGAUGAGGAUGACGCGCCUCCGGAUGACGACGACGACGCGGAGGCGGCCGCGCCGUCGCGCGAGGCGCCCCCGGCGGAGGCGCCGGAGGCGCCGGAGGAGCACGCGCUUGAGCCCGCUCGCGCGGCGCUCGCCGCGGCCAUCGGCGCCUACGUCGCGGGCCACUACGGCGGCCGGGGCUCCCGCGACUUGCACCACGCGGUCUACGCGCUCGACGGCGCGCUCGCCGUCGCGAUCCGCGGCGACAAAGUGAACCUGCGGAACUUCUACGCGGGCGGCUGGGCGUCGACGUGGACCGCCGCCGUCGACGGGGCCGGCUACGCCGUCUCCGGCUCCGUCCGGGUGCGCGCCCACUACUUCGAGGACGGCAACGUCCAGCUCCAGAGCGCGAAGACCGUCGAGGCCGCAAAGUGCGCGGACGUCGCCGCCGUCGCCGCGCUCGUCGAGGAGACCGAGGGCGCCCUCCAGCGGGGCCUCGAGGACAUGUACGAGAACAUGUCCGCCGAGACCUUCAAGGCCAUGCGCCGCGUCAUGCCCAUCUCGCGCCAGAAGAUGAAGUGGAACAUCAACGAGAUCGCGCUCAAGCGCGGCCUCAGCAAGUAGAGGUCGAAGGCGUCCGAUCCGUCGCCGCGACCCUCGCGUAAGCAUGUCGGCCGCG